AUGGAGAAAGAAGAAAAGAAAUUUGUCAAUAAAGCAGAGGAAGAUGAGAUGGAGAUCUAUGGCUAUGAUCUGUGUCGCUGGAAGCUGGUGCUAGUUACUGCAGGAGUGAUCUGUUCUGGUGGCUUCCUUCUCCUCCUUCUCUACUGGAUGCCUCAGUGGCGCGUGAAAGCAACGUGCAAAAGGUCUACACUUAAAGACUGUGAAGUGGUUCUGUUGAGAACAACUGAUGAAUUCAAGAUAUGGUUUUGUGCAAAGGUUCGCAUUAUGCCUUCUUUGGGAGCCAGUGCUUUACAGAAUCCUAACCCUAUUGUUCGCAAGGUUUCAAAUGGCCAUGCUGUUCAUUUCUGUGAAUCUGCUGCAGAAGAGAAUAAAAACUAUUUGAAAAAAUAUUUGCCUGUAAGUAAACCUAUUCGUUACUUCACACAUCACAGCAUGAAGUAUUUCUGGAAUGAUUCAGCUCAGAGCUUUGAUGUUAUACGAGGUCUAGAUGAAUCUACAUUCUGCUCUUCGAUUCAUAAUGAACACAGCACAGGACUGACAAAGGGAAUGCAUGAUUUCAGAAAAGCAUUCUAUGGAGUAAAUGAAAUUGCUGUGAAAGUGCCUUCCAUUUUUAAGCUUCUGAUUAAGGAGGUUCUCAACCCUUUUUACAUUUUUCAGUUGUUCAGUGUGAUAUUGUGGAUCACUGAUGAAUAUCACUACUAUGCAUUAGCAAUUGUCAUCAUGUCUGUAAUAUCCAUUGUUAGCUCACUCUACACCAUUAGAAAGCAAUAUGUUAUGUUACACGACAUGGUAGCAGCUCACAGCAUUGUCAGGGUUUCUGUCUGCAGACAAAAUCAAGAAAUAGAGGAGAUCCUUUCCACCGACCUCGUGCCUGGGGAUAUCGUGUCGAUUCCAUCUAAUGGGACUAUUAUGCCCUGCGAUGCAGUACUUCUCAGUGGUACUUGCAUUGUAAAUGAGAGCAUGUUAACAGGUGAAAGUGUUCCUGUCACAAAGAUUAAUCUGCCAAAUCCUUCAGAAUAUCCAAAAACAAUGGGAGAUGAAAUAUACAGUCCAGAAGUGCAUAAACGGCAUACUUUGUUCUGUGGAACCAAUGUCAUUCAAACCCGUUUCUACACUGGAGAAUUGGUCAAAGCUCUGGUAGUGAGAACAGGCUUCAGUACUGCUAAAGGACAGCUUAUUCGUUCCAUAUUAUAUCCAAAACCAACUGAUUUUAAACUCUACAGAGAUGCCUAUUUGUUUCUCCUGUCCCUGGUAGUAGUGGCAGGCAUUGGGUUUCUUUACACGAUUGUCAAUAGCAUCUUAAAUGAGGUUCCAGUUCAUACCAUCAUCAUAGAGUCUCUUGACAUCAUCACGAUCACGGUGCCUCCAGCACUCCCUGCUGCCAUGACUGCGGGCAUUGUUUAUGCACAAAGAAGGCUGAAAAAAAUUGGCAUUUUCUGCAUCAGCCCGCAAAGGAUAAAUAUUUGUGGCCAGCUGAAUCUUGUGUGCUUUGAUAAGACUGGCACGCUUACUGAGGAUGGCUUGGAUCUUUGGGGAAUUCAGCGGGUGGAAAAUGCUCGUUUCCUUUUGCCGGAAGAGAGGGCUUGCAGUGAGAGCUUGCUGAAGUCUGAGUUCGUUGCUUGCAUGGCAACUUGUCAUUCCCUUACAAAAAUUGAAGGAGUGCUUUCUGGGGAUCCACUUGAUUUGAAGAUGUUUGAAGCAAUAGGAUGGAUUUUAGAAGAAGCAACUGAAGAGGAAACAGCACUUCAUAAUCGAAUCAUGCCAACAGUGGUUCGACCUUCAAAACAACUUUUUCCAGAAUCCAAGCAAGCAACAAAUCAAGAAAUGGAAUUGUUUGAGCUUUCGAGCAGUUAUGAGAUUGGAAUUGUGCGCCAGUUUCCAUUUUCUUCAGUUUUGCAGCGUAUGUGUGUAAUAGCAAGAGUUCUAGGAGAGAAGAGAAUGGAUGCUUACAUGAAAGGUGCCCCUGAAGUGAUUGCCAGCUUGUGUAAGCAGGAGACAGUUCCUGUUGACUUUGAGUGUGUCCUGGAAGAAUACACUAAGCAGGGCUUCCGAGUUAUUGCUCUUGCUCACAGAAAAUUGGAGUCUAAGCUUACAUGGCACAAAGUCCAGACUAUUAAUAGAGAUGCUAUUGAAAGCAACAUGGAUUUUAUGGGGUUAAUUAUAAUGCAAAACAAGCUAAAGCAAGAAACCCCUGCUGUACUUGAAGAUUUGCAUAAAGCCAACAUUCGCACUGUCAUGGUUACAGGGGAUAACAUGUUAACUGCUAUCUCUGUGGCCAGAGACUGUAGAAUGAUUCUACCUCAGGAUAAGGUCAUUAUUGCUGAAGCACUACCUCCGAAGGAUGGGCAGGCUGCCAGGAUCAACUGGCAUUAUGCAGAUACCCUCACAAAAUGCACUAGUUCAUCACCAGCCAUAAACUCAGAGGAUAUUCCAGUUAAAUUGGUGAAUGAAAGCCUUGAGGAUCUCCAGAUGACCAAAUACCAUUUUGCAAUGAAUGGAAAGUCAUUUGCAGUGAUUCUGGAGCAUUUUCAGGACCUGCUACCCAAGCUUGUGUUACAUGGCACUGUGUUUGCUCGCAUGGCACCUGAUCAGAAAACUCAGCUGGUGGAAGCUUUACAAAAUGUAGAUUACUAUGUGGGCAUGUGUGGAGAUGGAGCAAAUGACUGUGGUGCACUGAAGAGGGCACAUAGUGGUAUAUCUUUGUCUGAACUUGAGGCUUCUGUGGCAUCACCUUUCACUUCCAGGACACCCAGUAUUUCCUGUGUGCCAAAGCUGAUCAGGGAAGGCCGUGCUGCUUUAAUAACUUCCUUCUGUGUAUUUAAGUUCAUGGCAUUAUACAGCAUUAUCCAGUACAUCAGUGUUACCCUGCUGUAUUCUAUCCUGAGCAAUCUGGGAGAUUUCCAGUUUCUCUUCAUUGAUUUGGCAAUCAUUUUGGUGGUUGUCUUCACUAUGAGUCUGAACCCUGCUUGGAAGGAGCUUGUUGCCCGAAGCCCUCCAUCAGGUCUUAUCUCAGGUCCACUUCUGUGUUCCGUUUUGUCUCAGAUCAUCAUCUGCCUUGCUUUCCAAAUCUUUGGGUUUUUUUGGGUCAGACAGCAGUCCUGGUAUGAGCCUUGGACAACGGAAUCUGAUGCUUGUAAUGUAUCGGAUGCCACAAACACCAGCUCUGCACUCCAUGGAAAUGAGACUCUUGAAGAUGAACAUUACAUUCAAAAUUACGAAAACACAACUUUGUUUUUUAUAUCCAGCUUUCAGUACCUCAUAGUCGCAAUUGUCUUUUCUAAAGGAAAGCCCUUUAGACAACCAUCCUACAAAAACUUUCUUUUUGUUAUAUCUGUGAUAGUUCUUUAUGUCUUCACAUUAUUCAUCUUGUUGCACCCUGUUGAAUCUAUUGACACAUUUCUGGAGCUGGUGUGUGUUCCAUAUGAAUGGCGCCUAAGAAUUCUCCUAAUUGUUAUUCUCAAUGCCAUUGUAUCUGUGCUGACAGAGGAGGCUGUGGAUUGCUGUGGAGUCUGUUUCCUUUCGUCCCUGUUUGGUUGUAGAGAAAAGACACCAAAAGCCAAGUAUAUGCAUCUAGCUCAGGAACUGCUGAUUGAUCCAGAAUGGCCACCAAAACCCAGAACGACGACAGAAGCAAAAGUACCAUCCCAAGAGAAUGGCUCAUAUCAAAUCAUCACUGUAACGUAA